GGCGGGACACAGAGAAACGUCUAUACAACAAGCAGACAGACAGACACACACAGACACACACACACACACAAAAACAAAAACAAAAAAAAAGAAAAGAAAAGGGCGGAACACGUUCGCUUUGUCGGAAGAAGCGAAGAAGAAAAGCAAAGGUAGCGCGGCCGCACCUUUGGAGAGCAAAGGCGGCGGCGAUGGAGGCGGGCGUAACAGAUGUUCCUUGCGGAUCUUCCACUGAUUUGAUGUGCGUGGAAGAAGCUCUAGCCAGUCUGAAAAGCAUCAACAAGACCCUGAAUCUCCUGCAGCUGAGCAAACGCGAAAGCCGACAAUUGUUCACGCAUUGCACCAACCUUAGGAGUUGGCUGAAACAGGAAUACAGUAAAAUGAAGGCGACAAGUGACGGUAACGAGGACCGCGAUCCUCACUACGCUGAUGCCGAAUGCCUUAGCUUAAUCGCUUUGCGCGAUGCUUGCAGGAACAUGUCUUCCCUACUAGACUUGGCCGAUUGUUGGGGAAGCGUUGGCAAGAUCGUGUUUGGAGAGACCUUCGUGAGGCUUAUGAAGAACGCACUUGGGAAGAUGGUGGAUGCUCUACAGGCGCUCCCUGCGGCCAUGGACUUAGCCGCUUUGAAUCGUCACAACGUGAUUGACAGUAUCAAGGUGAUUUCGGCAUCCUUGGACCCUGUGGAGGCUAGCUACCGUGAGCUCUACCAAGCCGUUGCAGGCCAGGUGUUGAGAAAUUUGCAGGAGGGAACAGUCGAAGGGAGACUGGAGUGUGAUUCUCUGCAAAGACUGAGUCUUGUAGACUUCUCUCUCAUUGAGAUGGAGAAGGUAGACGAUGUGCAGCAACUGAGGGACAACUACCACGACAUCCGGACCCGGAUGAACGCAUUAUCUCCUGGCCCCUUGCUCACAACAGAGCAACAGGUUCUCGACUUUGCGAUCAUCGCCAGCUGGGAGGCUAUGGUUCGGCGACUGUUCCCAGAGCGAAGGGGCGUACUAAUUGGUGAUGUGCAGCCUGAACCGUUGUCCUUAUCGUCACGGGGCUGUGCCAGACGCCUUCAAAAGAUCCGAUCUUUGGAGUUCCCCAAGGAGUACAAGUGCACUGUCUGCAAAGAUGUGUUCUGCAACCCUGUGGUGUUGUCGUCGGGGCAUUCCUACUGCAAGAGCUGUGUGAAGAGGUUCUGGGCACAGAGCAAGGAGAGGAAGUGCCCUCGGACGAACAUGCCUCACUGUGGAGAGCCGGUUGAUAAUCAUGCGCUGGAUGACAUCAUUGCGCAUGUAGGCUAUGUUCUGAGAGGUCUGCGGUUGACGGUUAGGGAUGUGGGUCAAAGCAUCAGGUAUCAGGACAAGUCUGACCAGGAGGCCAUUUCAAUGGCUGUGGAGUUCUUUGAGUCGGGUGCCAAUGCCCAUCACAUAAUCCGGAACGCGGUGCGACCAUUGAGGGACCUUGCAGAGAAGAACCCGGCAUUGCGGCAUGAGAUAUGGUCCAGGGGAGUGGUCAGCCAGUGUCUAAAGAAGAUAUUUGAACCCUGUCAGUGGGUGGAAGUGGAAGAAGUGCUAGAGCUGUUCGUGUUGCUGACGGAUGAGGACACGGAAGAGGCUCAUCAGCUUGUUCAGGACCGAAGGAUUGAGAUGGCGAGGGAAGUGUUCGGGCCGGUCUUGCUGAAAAUGCUCAUGGGAGGGGACCACUUGAUGGUAGAGGCCAAGGAACAGGAGCUGAUUCUGCAAUUGCUUGCGAACAUUCUAAGUGACAGGUCUGCCAGGAGAUACAUCUUGCAGCAGAAGGGGUUGAUCGCCCAGCUGUGUGAACUUGAAAUGCUCCAUCUGAGAAGAGGGGGCCGUGGUGGCCACCUGUUUGACAAAGAGGAUAUGGCUGCACACUGCUUGUUUCUGCUGGCAGGGGUGCCCCCAGAACCCCCUUUACGCAUUUACGGCUUUCUAGUGGCGCUCCUGAAGCUUGCCAGGAAUCUGGACCCCAGCGAGAGACUUUGUGUGGUCCAAGCAAUUGAAGAGGUGGUCUCCCAGGCGAUCGUACAAGGAGCGAAGGCUAUGGAGCAAGUCAAAGACAUGGUGGAAAAUGACUUAGCCUUUGGUACGUUGAUCAGCAGCAUCAGCAGCAUCAGCAGCGACUCGACGGAGCCUAUGGAGUUGAGGACUGCGGCGGUGCGUGUUCUGCAGCGGUUAUGUUCACACCCUCUAACUGCCACUGCUGUUGCAGGCUGGCCCAUCUCCGCCCAGCAGAGGCAGCCACUAAUACCCAAGCUUCUGACCCUCCUGAGAGCCAAUGAUAGUUCGACUGCAGAUUUCAUAGAGUCGGUUAUGCUAACUCUAGCAGGAAUGGUACUGAACGGAGGACUCUCAGCUUGCAGGGUCAUUUCGUUGUCGCUGGACGGUGUCCAUCAAUUCGUGACCUUCCUAGACAAGUAUGUUGGUGGUGAAACCAGCGUAUCUGUUAGGGUUUGCUUACAAGUUAUGGCAGCCUUGGACCACCUAGUCUCCUUGGAGGACAGCAACACGAGGAAUGUGGUAAUGAAAUGUCUUGUGAUGGCGGCGGGCUUGGACAUGCUUGUGAGGGUCCUGCAGUCAGCGGAUCUCAAUGCGUCUCUCAGAGGUGCUACCGCAUUGACCCUUGCGCAUGCAUCGAAGUCAGACAUUUGCCAAGUAAUGAUCCAGGACCUUAAUUGCCUUGAGCCCUUGGUAAUGCUGAUUAACUCGUGGGCGGACAAAGUGGAGUGUCGUGCUCAUGCGGUCACUGCUCUGGGAAGCAUAAUGUUAAACAUUCCCUCCAUGCGCAACCAGCUGGUACACUCGAAGCAGAAUGUCACUCUUGAGAGCCUGGCUCACAUCCUUGUGCGUGCAGAGACCCGGGAAUGCAAGGUGGCUGCGGCCAGACUCUUGCCACUCGCCACGAGGACAGCAGCUGGGACUGCCCGUGAGCCGCUCGCUCCAGGUGUGAUAUCCACUCUGCUGGAGCUGCUUGAAGUGGGAAAGGUGGAAUCUUCGGCACAGGAAUGCUCAACGGACAGGUUCACUGUGAUCGAGGCUCUUGAGUUCCUUGCAUCAGACCUCAGUUACCGUAAACAAUUGGUCGACACGAGGGGAGCAGUCGAUGCGAUUGUGAGGUUGGCCCAGUCUGGGAGGAGAAAGAGAGACUCUUUCUCCUCGCACCUGUUGGACAGCACCAGGAGGAGCAGCAGCAGAAGCGAUAACAACCGAAGCAGCAGCAGCAACGGCAGCAGCAGCAGCAGCAGCAGCAGCAGCAGCAGCAGCAGCAGCAGCAACAAAGUGGAUGAAGCUGCACCUGUUCGCGUUUUGAUGUACCUAGCAAGCAGUGAGGAGGAGUAUGUUCGUCACAGAGUCUAUGCCACAGCCGACGGACUUAAAGUCCUGUUGGACCUCAUUGAUGAAAGGCAGGGCAGCAGCAUUGAAGGCAUCGCAGAGGUGGAUGUCCUGAGAGCACUGUUAGUGUGCGUCGAACGGGACGAGGUGGCUCGCAAGAUCGUGCAUGCAGGUGAUGGUGUGAGGAUACUCAUGGAAUGCCUUAGAAGGAGCCUUAGAAGGAGUUCUGGGGGAAUGUGGGGUGAAAAGGAAGCCUGCAUUGUGGGAGUUGUUGCAGCUCUGGCAAAGGAGGAGGUUACCCAGGAGCAAAUCUGUCGUGAGCGCGGCGCACAGGAAAUGGUCGACUUCCUCACAGAUGCGCGGGUGGGCAAGGAGUGGAAGAUGAAGGCUCUGUCCGGGCUCUGCCAUCUUGCGAAAGGGAGCGAGAAUUGUCGCACCAGCCUCCGAUCCGUGACGCCCCUUGUCAGCGUAAUGCUGGCCAUGGUUGAUGGUAGCAGCCAAUCCUCCUCGAAUCUUCCCCUUUCUACUCGUCAGCGGCUGGAUAUCUUGCAGUCAUUGAACAACCUUGUCCAAGGGGAUCUCAGUGUCAGCAGCACAAUAACGAGCCAGCUUGCGCGCGGGCUCACAACACUUCUCAGCGUUUUGCAGUCGAACGAGGAAUCGAUCGAAUGCCGUUGCUGCGCGCUGCGUGUCGUUGAAACGCUCUCUUCGACUGCGACCUUCGCCCACUCCACCGCUCUCACCGAUGUUCAGGUUGCCCAUGUUGUGCCGAUCUUGAUUGCGCUUGACUGUUUUGCUGACCACGACUCGAGCAUAGGGUAUCCCAUCAGUCGGCAGGGCUGCAUGAUUGCAGCUGUCAGCCUCUUGUCAACAGCCUUAACGAGGGGCAGUAAGGACUUUGGGAAUCUCAACGACAAGGCAAUGCAGAUCAUCAUCAGCAUGGUGGAUCGGAGUGGCAGUCAUUGUAGUCAUGCAGAAGAUCGUUGCAAAGUUGUAGAGACCUUUUACUGCAUUGCCUGUGAACCCGAGUGCCGCAGCAAGCUUGUCGCCAAGGCAGAUGGGCUAAGAGCUCUUGUGAAACUGGCGAUGGAGACAGAGUCUGACCGUUGCCGAAAGAGAUCGUUGCAGGCACUGCGCAUUAUACUCGAAUCUGAAUCAGAACAUGUGCGUUCCGCUGUGUAUGAUUCAGGGGCGAUCGCUGUUUUCUUGAGGGCAAUCAGCGAUAGGAUAAAUGGACUGGAGGAAGCAGCAAGAACGCUGCAUCUGGCGGUGAGCAAGGACGAUAGGGCCAUGGAGUUGCUGCGCAGAGAAGUGCACACUGUGCAAACCCUCACGGGGUUCCUGAGAUCCACGACUGAUGAUGCCUCAGCGAUGAAAGCCACAGCUGCCUCACCAUCUUCAUCCACAGGAGGCUGGAGGAGAGAUGUAGACUUUGAGAUGGGUGUCAUUCUGGCCAGAAUGGCCGAGGUGGAUACGGCGGAUGUUGCCAGGUGGCAGGGCGACAGGAUCCUGGUCAAUAUGCUUCACAGCCUUGACAAGGUGAAGAAGGAUAUCUCCCAUCGCCAGUUCAUAGAUCCGGUCCUUGCCGGACUGUGUAAGUUGUCGUGUCUGAGCAGUGCCUGCAGGAAAAAGAUGAACGAGACAGGCCUUAUCAAAACGCUCCUGCAGAUCAUUGAAUGUGAGCAGCCAGCGGAUAAUGCCGCAGAAUUCAGCAUCCUUGCCAGCUCGUCGCUUGUUCUGUUGGAGAUGGUAAAAGAGGGACAAUGUCGAGCUGAGAUUCUGGAUUGUGGCGGUCUGUCCCUUCUCCUCAACCUCCUGGAGGUGCUGAAGAAGGAGGCGGCGGCGGCAUCCAAUGCGCAAGCCACUGAACCUGCGCGUCAUCACUCAAUGCAGUUGGCAACUAAUGUGACGCGUGUGCUCAGUGCGCUCAUGACCUCCGUCGAAUUUCAGGAAUGGAAUAGUCAGGAGGCCUCACAAGUUGCCCUCAAAGUCUCUCUCGUGGAUAGCAUGCUUGAAGAGCAAGCAGUUGAAGACGUGAAGCUUGCAGCCAUUGUACUUCUCCCCAUGGCACUGAGAAGGGGAAACCAAUCGCAGUACGAAGAAGUAGAUGACCCUGAGUACGGUGGUGCUCUCCGAGCCUCGGCCAUCGAGACUGUCUGGCGAUUUGCUGAUCGACGGCUGCGCUCUGGAGGAGGGGUCAGCUUGGGGGGUAACGAAGCUCUGAGUCAUGUGGCUAGAGCCCUUGAGGCCAUUGCCUUGCACAGCGAUUGCUGGAAAAUGCUGCUAACUUCUCCUGACGGGGUGAAGGUCUUGGGGCGGUUGGCUUGGUGUGGGAUGCGGAGCAAUGCCCGAGCAAACGAGGAAGAAGAAGGAGAGGAGGGAGGAGGAGGGAACGAGGAUGUAAUGAAUGGGUCAUUGAGGGGGGAUACUGAUUUGCAGCACUGCCAACUGGCUGCGACACAUGCUUUGGCACUUCUUUUGAGAAGGGCGGACAGAACUCCUGUGCAGCGGCGGCAAAUCUAUGAUGCCAAGGCCAUUCCCGCCCUUUUGAGGGUGUUAAAUGACAGCAGCAGCAGCAGCUUACGGCGUGAGGGCCCAUCAGAGAUCCAAAUGGCUGCAGCACUGGCGAUUCGCACCUGCCUGGACUCUGAAGAUGUGCCCAGCAUCGAGUUCCUGACGUCUGGCCCGCAAGGAGGAGGCGAUUCCGGUCUGCUGAUUUUGCUACGCUGUCUGCAGCGUAGCCUCACUGGGUCCAAUCAUUAUGAUGUACCGGAGCCCAGUGAAAGGUGGUCAGACUUCGACUUCAUCGUGGGGAGUGGGGUAGCGAAAUUGUUAGCGAACCUAGAUGAAGAUUAUGAAAUGUUCUUCGAGCUGAGUGAUCAGGCGUGCGGGCUAAUGAUGCAUAUGUUCUUUCAAGCCUCAAGCUUGGUGGCAGAUGAGAUCAUAGAUGGCAGCAGUGACUUGAAAAGCAGAGCUCUGGAAGGAUUGAUUGGCCUUGCGGAGAAGGACGAGUCAUGCAGGAAAAGGAUAACUGCGUCUAGAGUAGUCCCGAUGCUACUGCAUACAUUGGAAGAUGCCAAGGGAAUGGGCGACGUGACCGCAUCGGGAUCAGGAGCAGGACCAGGAACAGAUCAUGGAAGUUCUUCGUUCUCUCCAAGUCGGUCUCAGAGCCCAAAAAAUAGUCCCUGGAGGCACCUUAUGCCAAGUCGUAAACCAUUUAGGCAAAACCCGAGAACUCCAAUGUUGGUGCCAGCACAACGUCUUUCUUACUCAGGCACCUUAUCCUCCCCGCAGUCCUCCUCCUCUGUCUCCUCCUCCAGGAUCCGAGGACAUCCAUCAUACGAUGAGAUCGUCAAGUCCCUAGAGCUCCUUGCAAUACUCGCUCGUGAAGAAUCCUACAUCAUCAUCGAAGAACAAGGCCUCAUCUUGCUUAUCGAAGUGCUCGACGACUUUGUCAAUCGACGGAGUUCCAAACUCACACAGCAUGCGGAGAAGGCCAUCAACUUAAUCUCUGAAAUUACUCGGAAGCACAACUUGAAUCAGUUAUGUAACACAGCAGGUCAGAUCCUUGCAAGAAGAGUCAAGGACGUUCUGGUGACAGCACUUGAUAAGGACAAAAAUGUGCGACCUGUGGAUGCUGACUGCAAGGUAUGGAGAUGGGUCAUCAUGGACACACUUCGAGUCAUUGGUCACCUUCGCCAUGACGGGCACCCUCUGAUGGACAUCGAGGUCAUGCGAUUAGUCUGCACAUGUCUUGAUGUCACUGGUAAGUGGUUCGUGACCUCCGAACAAGAAGGCUUAAGGAUCGCCGCACGCGCCAUUCGAGCUCUCGCCACUUUCGAUAGACCUCUGGAACAUCAAGAAUUAAUCAAGAUCUUUAGGAGGGACCAUCCCAGAAGCUGGAUGCAGCCACUUGUUUACUUGCUGAGCAGCUUGAAGACGUUAGUCCAAAACAGCAGCCAUGACGUGAAGCUCGCCUUCGUCUUCGGCUUAAGGAUGCUCUCGUCUUUCAUCAAGGAUAACGAUAACAGCACCAGAGCCGAAGCCAUUCUCAAGGCCAACAUUGGCGUCCCUCUCGCUAACUUGCUACGCAUGCCAACGCUCUCCAACAGACGUUUAAGCACCGAAUCCGACCACAGCAUUUGUGUCGCUUGCAGUGCUCUCGGGGUUUUGUUAAGGCUCAAAUCUAAACACAAAGACCAAUACAACACACUCAAGGCAUCCGGUUGUUUCCAUAGUCUUCACUUCCUGUCGAUAGAUCAGCAGAUAGCUCCCGAGUGUAAACUGAAUGCACUGAAUGUACAACAGGAAUGGGCUUCCUAUUUCCCAGAGGUGAGAGAUCCACCCGACCACUUCGGCUUGCAAGGGGAGUGACGAUGUCGGCUGGUAUAAGUGUACUGAAUGCGCCAAGGAACAACCAUACCACAAACAUAUGCUCAUCGACAAGGAACAGACAUUGCCCUUGGUAGAUUUUCAUCACUCACAGACAAAAAGGUAGCAUUUAAGUGCAAAAAGAUGAUUAAGGUCUUAGGAGUAGUCCGCGGCUGAGUCUGCAACGGGUAGUCCCAGCACAGUCAGCAAAGGGAAGUCCCAGUCCUACCUAGUCCAGUCAGCGGUACCCAGUCCUGGGUGCACUUUGUCUAGUCCGCAAGUACCAUGUGGGACUGUGUACAUCCCGGAGUCCAAGGGCAGACCAACGACGAUCCAAAGUAUAAAUAAAGAGGCAAUGUCAAG